AUGAAUGACUGGCAGAAGAAAAGCCCCCUAGACUGGGAAACGUAUCUGAACAAAAUGGUGAAAGUCACUGUAAUCGAGAAACAUGAAUAUGAAGGAUGGGUCAUAACAGUUGAUCCAGUUUCUGCCAGUAUUGUCCUUGCAUCGUUCCUGGAGAAUGAAAAAGUGUCCAUAUCAGUUGUCUUGGGCCAUGCUGUCCAGGAGGUUGAAAUACUGAAAGAAGGGGACGAUGAAAUGAAGCAACGGCUUUCUUGCAUAUUUGCGCCUGAAGAAUGCAAAGCCUACAGCCCAGAGGAACUUGAAAAGAGGAAGAACGACUUGAAGACUUGGCUAGAAACAAACCACAUUCCCGUAACAGAGCAAGGUGAAUCGGGAAGAACGCUGUGCGUGGCGGGGGUAUUAACUAUUGACCCACCGUACGGCCCAGAAGAGUGCAGCAGCUCCAAUGAGAUUAUUCUGUCUCGGGUUCAAGGCUUGAUACAGGGCUAUCUUGAAAAACAACAGUGA